AUGGCACCCAAGAGAGUAGAAUCUGGCCGCGCGCGCGCCGCCCCUGGCUUCAUCGGCUCGACUUAUGCCGCCCUCACUUCGCCCGAGAACGCCUCUGUUGUCCGGAGCGUCGCCGUCUUCGGAGCUGCCGUCGCUUUCCUCGCUACCUCGUGGGGCGAGUUCCUCCUUCCUCCGUACGUAUUCGGUAUCCCUUAG